AUGUCUGUUGCUGUUAUGAAACAAUCACCGUCAGCAGUUUUCAAUUCAAACAAUAAAUCCUCAUUAUCAAAUCAAAUGACAGAAAGUUGGAUUGUUAUCGAUGAACAAAUUGAAUCCGAUUAUGUUUUAAUCGAUGAUCAUCAUCAUCAACAACAACAAGAAGAACAUGAACAUGAACAUUAUGAUUUAAUUACACAACAAGAAUCUCGUACCGGUGAAAUAGUAAAUCAAUUACAAGAUAAACAAAUUGUUGAAAAUCAACAAAAGACUAAUAAUCCUACUGAUGUUGUUAUUAAAGAAAAACGAAAAAUAUCAAAAGCCAUAACACAACAAAACACAACGAUAACAACAAUCAACGGUACGGAUAAUUAUAUUGUCGAUUCAAAUCAACAAUUGUUUGAUAAACGUGAUUUAUUCAAAAAAUUAUGUGGAGCUUAG